UUCCCUUUAUAAGUCUCGAUCAUCUAUCUGCUUCGACUCUCAACAUACACUUGACCAGAGAGAGUGAAAGAAGAAAAGAUUUUUUAUAAAAUGGCGACUUUUAAGGUUUCUUCUUCGGUUCCUUCCCCAUCUGAAGAUGCUGAGCAGUUGAAAACCGCCUUUGAAGGAUGGGGUACCAACGAGGACCUGAUCAUAUCAAUCUUGGCGCACAGAAGCGCGGAACAGAGGAAGCUGAUCAGGCAAACAUACCAUGAAGUCUUUGGAGAAGACCUUCUCAAGAGUCUUGACAAGGAACUCUCAAGCGACUUCGAGAGAGCAAUCUUGCUCUGGACUAUGGAGCCCGGCGAGCGUGAUGCUUUAUUGGCUAAUGAAGCAACCAAAAGAUGGACUUCAAGCAACCAAGUGCUUAUGGAAGUAGCUUGCACAAGGACCUCAACGCAGCUGCUUCACGCUAGGCAAGCUUACCAUGCUCGUUUCAAGAAGUCUAUUGAAGAGGAUGUUGCUCACCACACCACCGGUGACUUCAGAAAGCUUUUGGUUUCUCUUAUCAGCUCAUACAGGUACGAAGGAGAGGAGGUGAACAUGACAUUGGCAAAGCAAGAAGCUAAGAUAAUCCAUGAGAAAAUCAAGGACAAGCACUACAACGAUGAGGAGGUCAUUAGGAUUUUGUCCACUAGGAGCAAAGCUCAGAUCAAUGCUACUUUCAAUCGCUACCAAGAUGCUCAUGGCGAGGAAAUCCUCAAGAGUCUUGAGGAAGGAGAUGGGGACGACAAGUUCCUCCAACUGUUGAGGUCAACGAUUCAGUGCUUGACAAGACCAGAGCUUUACUUUGUGGAUGUUCUUCGCUCUGCAAUCAACAAAAGUGGUACAGACGAAGGAGCUCUCACUAGAAUUGUGACUACAAGAGCUGAGAUUGAUUUGAAGGUUAUUGGACAAGAGUUUCAGAGAAGGAACAGCAUUUCUCUCGAGAAAGCCAUUACCAAAGACACUCGUGGAGAUUACGAGAAGAUGCUCGUCGCACUUCUCGGUGAAGAUGAUGAUGCUUAAAAUCAAAUCCUCCUCUCUCUCUUUCUCUCUCUUUUCUUGAAACCGUUUGAUGUUGUUCUUUUAAAACUUCGUUUGUUUGUGUUUUGAGUUUCCAAAUAAUGCAAAAGAGAGAGAGAAAAAAAGAGGCUUUAAUA